AUCCCAAUCCCAAUCCCUACAUUUCCCCCUGUCAUUGUGGGACACGUGUCCAUAUGAAAUUCAGCUGUUAAACUAAACUUCUAAAAAGUUAAAAGAAAAAGUACAGUCUUCGGAACUUCGGAUUUUCGGAAUCGUCGCCGAUGGAUGACGGACGAUAUUAUUUAAGGUUCUAAAACCUGCUGGGUGUUGUGUGAAAUUUGACGUGUUUAGGAAAAUAUAGGCCUAGGCCUACGUUUAUAUUGUAAGCCUACAAUAUCUGAACAUAAUGAGUGAACUUAGUGACUGGUUUAACUCCGUGCCAAUAUUUACUAGAUGGUGGUUAUCUCUUACAGCUGGACUCUCAUUACUGGGGAGAUUUAAACUUCUAAAUGCUUACCAUCUCAUAUUGGCCUAUGAACCAUUGAUCCACAGAUUCCAGAUAUGGAGACCUUUUACAGCUCUAUUCUUCUAUCCAAUAUCUUCAGCAACUGGAUUCCACUUCUUGAUAAAUUGUUACUUUCUAUACAAUUAUUCAAUGAGACUUGAAACUGGUCAGUAUGCUGGGAGAUCCGCUGACUACCUGUUCAUGCUGCUCUUCAACUGGCUGGCUUGCGUCAUCAUCGGCCUUGUCGCUGAGAUUCCAUUGCUGAUGGAUUCUAUGGUGCUAAGUGUACUCUAUGUGUGGUGUCAACUAAACAAAGAUGUCAUUGUAAACUUUUGGUUUGGAACCAGCUUUAAAGCUAUGUACCUACCAUUCGUUCUAUUUGCAUUCAACCUGAUCAUAUCUGGAGGAGGCAUGAUGGAGUUGGUGGGUAUCGUGGUUGGCCAUGUUUACUUCUUCCUCAAGUACAAGUAUCCUCAAGAGCUUGGUGGCCAGGAGUUUAUUACCACUCCGAGCAUAUUGUAUCAUUAUUUCCCAAAUGAAAGGGUGAUGGGAGGUUUUGGAGCCGUCCCGACGAGGAGGGCGGGAGGCGACCCACCACCCAGACCCGGGGGUGGAGGCGGCUGGGGCGGAUACAAUUGGGGGCGGGGCAAUGUACUAGGCGACCGCUAGCCUACCAAGACUGAUAAGUGUGUUUGCCGCACUUAAUAUAACUGUUAAAGUGAAAGAUUUAGACCACUGUUUUAACUUAUUUUUUGUUGUCUUAAGAACUGUAUUAGUGUUUAUAACAGGCGGUCCAUAAAUAACGGCCUUUUUUUAGAAUGAAGAUGAGUUUAGAAAAAUAACAUUAUUACUUACUUUAUUAAUAUAGAUAUGUUACACAUAAUUGGAUGCCGAUUUCAUUCAUAGCAAAUUAUGUAUUUCAAAUUAUCUCCACCGAUGUCCACACAUGAGUCCAAUCUUUUUUUGAAAAUUUGACUUUUAACCUGCAAAAGUCUUUGACUAAACAUCAGAUGGAAUCUAGGAUGGUCACCUAGAUUGAGCUUCUGUGCUACAACCAGUAUAUUGGGAUGGAAAUGCAAAUACGGUUGCAAAAUAAGUUGUAAACUGGAGCUAGAAACACCUAGAGCAACAGAAUUUUGUCUUGCUGAUCAUUUCGGACUUAGAAGAACAGAUUCUCGUACUCUUCUGAUGUGGCCCUUCUGUACAUACAUACUUUGAUCCCCAAUUUAACAUCCAUUUCAAGAGACAACCCCACCAUGACAAUUAGACAUUAAAAUGGUUUCGAAACAAUAUCUGGCCGGAUGGGCAACAAUCACAAACUUAUUUUUAUAUUAAAAAAUAAGUUUGUGAUUGUUGCCCAUCCGGCCAGAUAUUGUUUCGAAACCAUUGCAAACAUAUUGCAUAUUAGCAUCAACAGAAAUGGCACGACAGAAUAACAUCUGUCCAACGAACCAUGAUUCAUGAAACGGCAUAAUAUGUGUUGUUUAUUGCUACAAUCAAAAUGUUAUGCAUGAUAACAGCUGAGUACUGUGAUACCUAUGUUUAAAACCAUCCGUUAUUUAUGGACCAACUGUUACAUAAUAGAUUUUAAAAUUGGUAUGUUGCCAAUGACCAAAGCAUGUAUAAGUUUAAUAUCCGUGUUCUUGUGGUUAAUGUAAGUACAAAGUUCUUGUUUGCAUUUGGUUUGUUCAAAAUAAUAGCAACAUUGUGUAUGCCUAGUUGAGCUAAUCAGAAAUUAAUAUUUUGAAAAUACAAAUGCUGCCAGGAGUUACAUAAAGGUUACAUAAAAUGAAACAAUGAGAAUGAAUUCAUAAAACCUCCAUGGAUUGAAACCUUAACAGUUUUAAUGUCGAUGAAUGGAUUAUCCUCAGAACCAAUCUGCAGAUAAGGUUUUAUUUAUAUUUAUUUUACAAUGUAUAUCGCACAUUCUUUCUUGUUAAGUUUUUGCAAUUCAGAAAUGACUCGAUUUUUAUGAAUUUUUAGGUGACUAUUAAUACACAAAAUAGUCACGCAAAAUUGCUAUUAUGUUAAGAUUGAUGUUUUAUUUAUUUUAUUUUCCUAUACGUUUUUUCUUCUAAUUGUUGUAUUAAAUAUGUGUUAAACAUAUAAUUUUGAAACCUACACAGGUUUAUUAAAAAGUCAAAACCAGAUUUAUUUUUAUUUUACUGUAGUUUAUAACAUUUUUCAGCCACAAUUAGAUAACAAGCUAAUUAUAGCUAGGUAACUCAAUUAAGUGCUCAUCUGGUACCUAAUCAAAAGAUCAAGAAUCAAGAAACUUUAUUUCCACAAAAUGCAAAGGUUACAUUACUAGAAAACGUCACCUUAGAAUAAGAUAAAGUACAAGGUUUCUUACAAAUAUAAACAAUUUCCCGAAACUCCCCAUGCAGAGAAACAAAACAGCACACUUCACUUGGCAUAACAAUUUAAAAAAUUUACUUACAAAUUCUUCUUUUAGAUAAAAUAAAUCUUUAGGCCUGUACAAAGGGUCUGCCAAAAGGAGCCCCUCAACCCCUUUCUUGAAUUUUGGGUCUGGCAGGUUCCGAGCUUCAAAAGGAAGUUUAUUAACAAACUUGUAACUAAGUACAUCAUUUGACAUCUGAACCUUACUUAACUAACAUGUGGUAAAUUAAGAUCAUUUUCCUGCGUGUAUUGUAGGAAUAGAUGUGGCCUCUUAGCUCAUGAGAAUUCCACUCCUUGAUUUUGAGCAAAGACUGAAAAAUAUAAAGGUUACAAACGGUCAUUAUGUUUUCAACUACAAGUAUUGGUCUACAAUGAUCCAAGUAAUCAGCACCAGCUACUAUUCUAACUGCUUUCUUUUGAAAGCGCAGAACUCUCUUGACCCCAGAUGCGGGCACCCCAGAGCCAUAAAAUAAAAUACUCUGAAAGAAAGCAAUACAAGAAGUUUUCAGCCAGUCUUUUGGUACAAAAUAUCUUAAUCUUCUGAGUAGACUCAGAGCUCUGGAAAGUCUAACACAAACAUGGCUAAUCUGUUCCAGUUUACUUUGAAUUCCAGUUUACUUGGAAAUCUAGAAGUUUGACAGAUUUUCAUUAUAAAAUGGAGAUGUCCGUUGGAAAUAAAUAAAUAAAUUAUGUUCUAAAUUUCUCAGACUAAAGAUUAUCAACUUAGUCUUAGUUUCAUUUAGAAAAAAGUUAUUUGCUUUGAACCAGGCUGAUGCCCCCUCAAUAGACCGUUUCAUGGCUUCCUCAAUAUCUCCAAGCUCAUUGCUAGCCUCAAAGUAGUAGUUUGGUGCCCCAAACACAAAGCGUGAUCAUUUAGCAUAACAUUAAAAAGUAAGGGACCAAGAAUUGAGCCCUGAGGUACACCAUGGGUCAAUUGCUGUACACUGGAUUGUCCCCUUAACACCAUAGAAAUUUAACUUUCCCAGGAGAGUGUCAUGAUUAAUCAUGUCAAAGGCUGAUGUCACAAAAAGUGGCCCCAGCAAAGCCCCCAUCCUCAAAAUACUGAAAAGCAGCUUUUAUUAACUUAUCAACUGGGCCUGAAACCAAACUGGGCAGCUGAUAAAAAAUGGUUUUCCUACAGUUACCUAACAAUGUACAUGUUCUCUCACUGAUAUGAGAAAGCAAAGUGGCCAAUUCGUCAACUAAAAGAUAAUGUGUAAUCAAUCACUCCACUCCAGUUACCGAAACCGAAAACAAACUCACUCUGAAAACUAACACUCUUGUGUGUGUAUUAUGUGUUAACCAUGAACAGCUGUAAUUAAUACAAAUUAUUCGUCUGUUUAAGUAAACAAAAUAUUUUCUUCAUAAGAAAUGCAUUGGGAUUUUGAUGGCCUGAGGGGCAAAGCCGAGGACAUUACAGGAAUUGGUGAAACGGGCCGUCUCCACAAAAAAUACUUAAUUUUGUAAAAAUACGUACAUUAUUAACGGAGGAGUAGUAUUUCGUAGAAAUCGCCUGCAUGUAUUAUAUAUAAGGAUUCUCUGUCAGGUUGGAAUUACAGUACCUUUCUUGUGAAAUGGCACAACCCUAGCAAUUUUAAAAACAUAGAGGAAAAUAUCUUUUAAUAUACAACAAUCUAUACAAUAUGUUAAACGCCGAUCUCAAGAAAAGUCGGCUUUUUUGUUGGAUCAAAACUGUACCCAGCUGUUCUUAAUCAAAUGGGUUUUCAAAAAAAUUAUCAAGGCUAAAAAUACAGCGAGUUUUCGAGUAAAAACCUUGACGCAUCUCUCGCCACUUACACAUGUUUGGGUUAAAAUACGCCUAGUGGCAUUUCUAGCCUAAAUGGUUGAUAAAAAUGAAAAACUUAUCAACAUUUUUACCAUGCCUAGAGUAUUUGACCCUAAUGCUGAGCCACUGAUUGGUCUAUUAUUUGAGCCUUAUUACACGAGGUAGCCAGCGACGAAACUGGCUGCUCAGUUCGUCAUGGGGCAUUGAUUCUUAUGUAUGCGAUUACAAGAGGAUAGCCAACGACGUAGCCAGACUUUGGUGACCGGCUGGCUACCAAGCCCCGUCGCCACUGGCUAUAAAAAACCGGAAACAUUCUGGCUACUGACUUGGGCUACUAGGUUUGGUAGUCAAUGUGUCACCAGCUACUGUUGCUGGCAACGUCGCCAGGCUACCUCGUGUAAUUUGAGCCUUUGAGCUUCCCACCUAAUAUGCAAACCCCACACAGCCAGAAGUUGUUAGUUGAUCCAUAUUGUCGAGAAUGUUCGAUUUUAAGUUAUAUAUAUAUAUAUAUAUAUAUUUCAGUUCCUUAUUAAAUUCCGAAUCACUUGGUGCAAGUCCAAUGCAUCUACAAUUUUGUUUGUUAAAGUUAUACGACUUUGAAUAAUUUAUCUAUGUAAAAAGGUAAUUUUGAGAAAAAUAUUAUUUAACAAUUUCAAAUAUGCAUAAAAACAGAUUUUUGUUGUAUUUAAGAAACGAUUUUGGUAUCAAAAGAAAGUGUAUAAUGUCCUCUUUGGAGGCAAUACCAAUUUUUGUCUUAACUCACAGUAGUUUUCAUUUAAAUUAUUACUAGUGUACCUGUUGCUCGAAUUCGAGCAAUUUAAAGCAUUACAGGCGUUAUUUUAAAACAAAUAACGGUCAUAAUUUCCGAUGACUUUAUAAAAGUCGACUCAAAGAUUAUGGAAAUACUCACGAUGUACACAACAGUUAGAUAUAAUCAAAAUUGUUUGUAAAUAUCUUAUCUUUUUUCAAAAGCUGAUCUUGUUUUUUAGAGUUUUCUACAAAUGUUUCCCACUCAUAGCCGCAUUAGGUUCUCUAUAAUAAUGAUUAUAAAUGAAGAAAAAAACAUUAUUUCUAUUUCUUCUAAUUCAGUUUUAUUUUUAGUGGGCCUAUAUCAAAUUGUCCAUGAUUUCAAGUUUUAUCCCAUAGUAAUAAUUACACCAACCCAAGUAUCGUCUACAGAUGCAAUACGCCAAAGAAUAUCAUCUACGUGCAACACGCCUACGUACAAUCUCCAAAAAGUGGUAAAAAAAAGGCAGAAACCAACCCAUACAAUAGACAUAAGUUAACUCCAUAAGAAAUAAUUUUAAGAGUUACUGUGAUAUCAGGAUUUUCCACUGAUUUGGAUUGCACAUUAUAACAUUACAACAUUAUUGCAAAACAUGACACGAUUCAAAAGACAAUUGAUUUUAAAAUCAGAAAAAAAACUUUGCAAAUACUUCAUUUUGACAAAUUCAGUAAAUCACAAUUUAAAUAUUAACAGCUGUAUCAUUAAAAAGUAGUGUAAAAUUAUGCAUAUGGUCAUAAUGUAAACUAAUCUGCUGAGGGAACUUUAAAGGCCUCAGGGGCAGAGCCCCAAGAGAAUUUACCUCGUUUCUCUUUUGAUGGCUCAUCUACAGACCAAGACCUUUCUUUAGAGACGCCUACCAAUUUUCUACGCCCAGUCGUUCUCUGAAAUUAGCUGUGACAAAAACCCGUUUUUCCCCCAUAAGAAUAACAUGGGAUGGGAAUUUAAAGGCCACUGGGGCAGAGCCCCAAGGGAAUUUACCACGUUUCUCUUUUGAUGGCUCAUCUACAGACCAAGCCCUUUCUUUAGACACCUCUACCGAGUUUCUACGCCCAGCCGUUCUCUCAAAUUAGCUGUGACAAAGAAAAACAGUUUCAAAUUAAUAUAUAGAUUUUACUGAUGCAUGUCAUAAAAAUCACAUUCCAGAAAAAGGACCUCUUGUCGGUCCUAUGCUAUUUCUCUAUAACAUAAAAAAGGUACCUCUUGUCGGGACCGCAAAAUUUGUGAGAUAUUUUGUCCUCCCUCUCCGUAAACUGAACUUUGUUGUAGUACUCUAAAUUUCCACUAGAAUGCAGGACAAUUCAUUUUUUGGACUAAAGUCUGUUUAUAAAGUGAAUAUUAGAAAUGGGACCUCUUGUCGUUAUGACGAAUUAACAUUGAGCGACAACAGAUACUUUUUCUCAGACCGUGCGCUAACAAAAUGAUUUAUUUCGACCUUUUACAUCUUCGAUUCAAUAUUUUAACCAAUACUGUCCUGUUCCGUGUUAAACAAGGUAUAACAAUCGAUAAAAAACCGAAUUUCAAUAUUUUUAACCUUAAUUACUUAUAUCGGCAGUACUAAAAAUUUUGAAUCGCCGACAAGAGGUCCCUUUUCGCUUUCCACAUAACACAUAUUUUUUUAUUUUUUAUUCAUGUAAAUGGUUAUUGAUUUUUAAAUUUGAUGGAAUUAACUAAAUACUCACUUACAUUUGACGAUCAUGCAACUGUUAAUCAUAUUCUUUUGUAUAUAGGAAAUAAGCCAUACUUAUUUUUAUCAUAACUUUUUGUUGCUUAUAUAGUGUUACAUUAAAGGAGUCACACUGUUUUAAAUUUGUAUAUAAAUAAAUAUACAUUAUUUGUU